AUGAGGAGCUCAAAAGAAUCCCUGGUUUGUCCAUAUAACAAAAACCACGUCAUGCCAAGCAACAGGCUUGAAUGGCACCUUAUAGAGUGUAAAGACAAAAUAAAUCAGUCAAGCGGUUUUGCAAUCUGUCCUUACAACGCAUUGCAUCAUGUUCCUACACAACUGCUCGAAGCACACAUUCAGACCUGCAAAAAUAAAAUUCAAGAAAGAGAAGAUGUAUUCAAACAAAUGCAGGCGACAAUUAAUUCAAAUCCGUCUCAUUACAAAGGAAAAGCACAAAGUGAUUUGCCACCUGGAUUUGCUCCGGUUGCAACCAAGGCUAAAAAGAAGAAAAAAAAUAGUAAGAAUAGCACAAAUAACACAAAUAAGAAGGAGAGUGCAGAAGACCCUAAUGAUGUGUAUUUGCCUACGAAUAAGUGGUUGGAGCCUGAUUCAGAAAUGAUUGGAUGCAUAGAAGGGAUUCAAUUUGGACUUCCGCCUGGUUUUGAAGAGUUUACACAUGAAAAUAAAGAUUCAGAGUCAGAUUCCAAAGCAAAAGAACUGCAGCCAUCACCUAUAAAUUCUAACUCUUCUUAAUAAAAACUUUUUGCUCAAAAAUUAGUGCAAUAUCCUUUAAAUAUAAUUCUGAAAUGAAUUACAAUUUUUUUUCUUCCAAAGUUAACAUGUAAAAAUAGAAGUGAGUAAGACAAAAAAUCAGCAAGAUCCUCUUGAUUCUUCAAUUCCUACUCCAGACACAAAAGUUUCAGAUCCAAAGCCUCUUCCUCAAAAAUCUGAGCCAAUCCUCCCGACCUCAAAAUCUCAAUCUCCAAUUAAACCUCACACACCAAAAGACGAAGACGAGUGGGUCACAGUUAAAUCCAAGCCUAAAAAGAAGCCAUCAAAAAAAUCUGACUCCAAUAGCUCUCUUCCCAUCUCUCAGUCAGAUUUCAACACCCUAGCCGAAUUCCAAGUUUCUGCCUCUAUCACAAAAAACAAAAAAACUCUGAAAAAGAAGCUCAAAGAAAUCCAGCUCCUCGAAGAAGCCUACAAAAGAGGUGAAAAACUCGAUCCCCAACAAAUGAUGAAACUCCAAAGCAAAGAAAAAAUUGAGCGAGAAUUAGAGUCUCUUUAA